ACCAAAUUAGCAAAGCGAGAAGAGAGAGAACAAUGGCCGCCGUAGCCUCAAACGACGCCGUUUCGCCUGGCGGUGGAUACCGGCCCGGAUGCAUGACCAGCCACGUCGUCCAAGGCAGCCUGGAGAGCUACAGGUACUACAUGUCUCGCCGUACGGUCAUGGAGAUGCUCAGCGACCGUGGCUACAACGUCCCCGACUCCGAGCUCACUCGCUCACUCACCGAGUUCCACACCGCGUUCGGCCAAAACCCUGACCUCGACCGUGUCUCCUUCUCCGUCUCUCUCCGCUCCAAUCCCAAGAAGAAGAUCAUGGUCCUCUUCUGUGGAACUGAUGAAAUCAGAAAAGCGAAUGCCCGUGAGAUUUAUGCUAAGCUCAUGAACAAAGAUAUAAGCUCUCUCAUGCUUGUUCUGCAAAGUAAAAUCAACUCCUUUGCUCGAAAGGAACUGGAGACCUAUCCUUACAAAGUUGAAACUUUCCAUAUUUCUGAACUGCUGGUCAAUGUUACAAAGCAUGUUUUACACCCAAAGUAUGAGAUACUUACCGCUGAAGAAAAGAAAAAUCUGCUAAGGAAGUACAAGUUGGAAGACAAGAAGCUGCCUCUCAUGCUGGAAACUGAUGCAUUUGCACGCUACUAUGGAUUGGAGAAGGGACAGGUUGUAAAGAUUACUUACCGUGGUGGAGCUGUUGGUGCCCUCAAAACUUACCGUUGCAUUGGCUGAUUGUCCUAAACGAUUUAUUGUAUGCCACUCUAUGCAUUGAUGACAUACAAAAAAGAAGUUAGUAUCGUAGACAGGUUUUACAGCAGAUACAAAAACAGGUUUUGAUUCAAUGGAGCUGUUUAGGUUGAGGUUCAGUUAACAAGUUUGAGGAUAUCUCCAUAGAUGUUGCUAUUUGUAGCACUUGCUUUUGGCGGGUCUUGCUUUUAAGUCUACACCGUAGUGUGUGUUGACCCAUUUAUGAAGAGAAAAUUCAUCAUGUUGUUUCAUCUCAUCAAUUCUGUUUCAACUUCAUAAAGUCAGAUAGCAUGAAUGCAGGAUAGUCAACUUGAUGAAAUAUAUAAUGCUAGAGUUGC